ACAUAAGAUGCAGACACUAUUUUUUUGUUUUUUAAAACAUGCGAUUUUAUCUGCAUGUUGUGGAUGUGUUGUAGUCUGGCCACGUGUGUAUUUUAAAGUCUGUCCGUUCAAGAGUUGACUCUGAUCUGUAAAUAUUUGCAGCGAGCAGCCAGAUCAAUAAAAUCUUACUGAUCCUCUAUAGGUCGGUGUAUAGGGCUGGGGAUGUUUGCGGGCAGCAUAUCGGUGUAUCGCACUCUGCAGAAGUAGAUCUGAUAACUCUGAUAGAGCACUGAGGGCUGGCAACACAUCAGGAUGGCUGUGAAGCUGCUGUUUCUUUGGCUGUUGUUCUGUCUAAGCUGGGCCCAGGAACAAAGGUGUCUGCAGUCCGCCUCAAGCUGCGAUGAGUGCAUCCAGGCCGGCUCUGGCUGUGCUUGGUGCAACUCCCCUCAAGCUCACAUUCGUUGUGCGACAACAGAAAAGCUGUGGAGCUCUGGUUGUCAUGGGAGACACAUAUAUAAUCCUUCUGGCAGCAUCCAGGUGGUAAAAAAUUAUAGUGGGGCUGACCCAGCAGAUGACGAAGCCUUGCUCCUGCAUCCCCAGGAGGUCUCCCUCCACCUAAGGCCAGGAGUUAGCGAGUCCUUUCCUCUCACCAUCUCCAAAGCAACAGACCACCCUACACUAGAGCCGAUUAUGAACGUCAGCAAUGUGCCAGCUGGAGUUCAUGUCACAUUCAGCAGCAUAACCAAAGGAAACCCGCAGCUCUUACAGGUGAGUGUGGAAGCUGCCCAGUGUCCCAGUAAGAGUGGAACCUCAAACCAGAACAAAACUGGACCCUGGUCCAUUCUUAUCACACCCAGAGGGUUUUCAGUGAGCCUCAAGCUAGAGAUAACAUUGCUAUGUGAGUGUAACUGCACUGGAAGCCAUGAGGAAAACAGCCCUGACUGCAGCGGCCAUGGGACUCUGGUCUGUGGCCAAUGUGAGUGCUAUGUGUCUUAUUUUGGGAAACGAUGCCAGAUGAAUGGUGACUCCGUCUCACCACAAUAUGAAGAUCUGUGCCGCAAGGGCCCAAACGCCCCAGUCUGCAGCGGCAGGGGCACCUGUGUGGCGGGUUUCUGUGAAUGCAACAGGCUGGAAGAUCCAAAAGAGUACAGUGGACGAUACUGUGAGUGCAGCAACUUUGACUGUCCACACCAUAACAACAGACUCUGCGGAGGCAAUGGGAGGUGUGAAUGUGGGAGGUGUGUGUGUAACAGUGAGUGGAUCGACAGUGCCUGCAGCUGCUCCAUGGAAACCACUUCCUGUAUGGCCAAAAACCAAAUGCUGUGCAAUGGCAGAGGGGUGUGUGAAUGCGGAAAGUGUGAUUGCAUUCCUCCGUAUGUCGGUGCGACCUGCGAGGAAUGCUCUGAUUGCGUGGACGGUUGUCAGGAUCAUGCUGCGUGUAUGGAGUGCCGAGCGUUUCGAACCGGAGCAAAAAAGGACACCUGUGACAGAUGGUGUGCCCACCUCAACGUUGAAAUUGUUGAGACAAAAGAUGAGCUUCAGGGAAAACUCUGUAAAAUGAGGACCAAUGAGGACCUUUGCUACUUCUUCUUCUCAAUCCUGCCCUCUGGUGGACAGUUUGCUGUUGCUCGAGCUAAAGAGUGCUGAUCAACAAUCGCUCUUGACGUUUAUCUGUCAAACUGUACCUGUUUGGGCAGCCUAAUACUAAUAAAUCUAUUUACAGUA